AUGUCUCUGAAAAAACUUGGCUUGCGCAUUCAACUUGGACAUAAUCCUAGUGAUUGCUCACUGGAUUUUUGUGAGUGCACAACAGCACAAAUUUGUUAUAAGCAACUUCUCCAUGCUCGAUUGUACCCAGCUACAACUACUGAUCCACGAACAGCUGCUACUUUUGGUGUACUGGAGCACUAUCACCUACUAUCAUUUGAAUUGAAAGUUUCCACAUACAAGUUCUACCACAACUUAGCAAGGCGCAGCGACAAUACUGGUUUAACACCAAUCAAGGAUCGUUAUGCACCUUUCAUGCACAUAGUUCAUGAAUGGAGGCACCUGCGACAACUUCAAUGCGCGGUCGCCAGCUCGUGUCCUACAGCGGGCAGGGGACAUGAUCCCAAUGGUGUUGGUGCCACACAAGAGGGUGAGCUUGCAGUAAUGUGUCCUGCAUGCCCUCAGCCUGAGAUGAACUUACCUGCGGGUUGGGAGAACUCAGAACCAAAUGUGAAGUGGUGUUAUGUGCUUUUCAUUGCCAUGGAUGCAAACUUUCGUCUUAAAAGGAAAGCUGUUUUGAGCGACCAAGUCGAUCCUGGUUUGAAUGCCGGCUGGGGUUAUUUUGUUGAAGAGCAGCAAUAUAAAUCAUACUUAAGUCAUUGUAUGACUGAGCAGCAAGAGCGCAGUACAUGUGUCAGUCAUAAUGCCAUCAACAUGGCAGAUACAAAAUCUUCGCAAGGUCUAGCUGCUACUGGAGUAGGCACUGUGGAUUGUGCUCGACACGACAUGAAGCGUCCGAAUGGUGUGGGGGACCUCCAGAAGGGAGAAAAGUAUCUUAAUAUGGAUUACCUCAUGUUAUCUACACUUGCAAAUUCAUCGGUACCAGUGCUCAACGUAUCAUACAACAUUGCAUGCCAGUGGUCCAAGAAAUUCUGGAACUGGAUGGAAGCAAUGCCGACUCACCUCCACCUCCCUCGUGAUAAUCUCAACAUUCAUUAUUCUGUCCUGAAGUUCCAUAUUGGUGCUCACAUUGAAGAAUGCCAAAUAGCAUACUCUUGGAACUUCGGCAAAUUUGUGGGCUGGACAGAUGGUGAGGCACCAGAACGUGGCUGGGCGAACAUAAACCGAGUUGCUUCAAGUACGAAGGAGAUGGGCCCUGGCACUCGGCGCGAUACAUUAGAUGAUUAUUUUGGCGAUUGGAAUUGGAAAAAGAUUACCGCACUUGGUAUGUCGAUUUCAAUUCAUUUCUGCUACCAAUUGACGGACUCUCAAACUUUGAUUCUGGAAUGGAGGAGUGAAAUUGAGGCCUGGGAGGAUGAUAGCACAUCACCCAAUUCUUUCCAAAGCCGGGUCAUUUCGGUCAUGCUUGCAGGUGUGCAUUCACAGCUAGCUGACUUGGAAGCUUCCGAGUUGCAGGUGGGGAUCAAUUGUUCACUCCAUUGUGACAUAUCACCGAGCAUUCUUAUCAGUACAGGGAUAGAUAUUGAAGAGCAGCAACAACGCCUUCAUUGUGACAUCGCCAACCUUUCCCUGCACCCCACUGACAAGCAGAAAGAGAUGCUGACACACUGUACGAACACAUUACAAUGCAAGAUAGACACCUGGACUCGUGUCCAGGAGUUAUACAUGCCCAUAGUGUCCACCCUUCGUUCUUCACACUUGAAUCCUGCCGCACCAACCGAAUUAAAGCCACAGGACUUCCUUCUUUACCUGCCAUCUGCUCUCGACGAUACCCUCCACUGUGAUAAACAACUCCGUGAUAACGAGUGGGAGCUAUGCUAUGCCCAGGCUCUGGAUGCCCUAAAAAAAUUCAAGGAGAAGAACCUGCGAGGCCAGGCUGCUUCCAUGCACGCUCAGGCCCUUAUCGCACAGGUUGAAGCACGAAAGGAUGCUAGAAUGGGGACACUAUCGUGGAUCUGGGUGGCGCAUCAAGCUGACAAUAGCUGCACUGAGAAUGACAAGGUUCAAGACUGCAUCCAUAUAGAAUGGUGCAAGGCAAGAGCACGCGCAGCUCGUUGGUCAGAGGAAGUUGAUUUAUUGCUCGAGGAGAUGCGGAGAGUACUUGUAUACUUGGAAUGGGAGAUAGAGGCCUGGCGAAGCCGCGCAACUCGACACCAAAUUAACAAGCUGCCAGAACAAUAA